UCUCCGCAAACCCUAUAGUUGUUGGCCCCAAAAUUUAAAAGAAUUAUUAACGUGGCCACGUUUAGAUUGAUACAGAGUAAAGAUAGAGAAUAUUUUUAUUAAAAAAACGAAAUAGAGAAGAAAGAAGAAGAAAACUAUACACGCCUUCCGCGUCAUCUCUUAAAAUUCAACGCCGUUAAUAAUUUAACGGAAACGGAGACUUCCCCAGUUUCCAUCUUUCUUCAUUCAUUUCGGGUGAUUUCAACAAAGCUUUAAAAAUCACAUUUUUCAAUACGGAACUCCGACCAAAGAGAAAACAGAUUCUGAUGGGGGCGGUAAACAUCUGGAACGCCGUCCAAGUGGCGGAGGGAGCUCGGGAGACUCAUUCCUCCGACAUUCCAUGCUCUUCUCUCACCGUCGACCACUCCCUUUCUCUUCCCAACAUGAAGCCUCGGAUCGUAGAGCUGUGCAAAGAUCUGUUCAAGAACUGGACCAAUUUGGAUGAGUCUAGCUUCUCUGUUGACACGGUUUCUGGUGGCAUUACCAAUCUAUUAUUGAAGGUAUCUGUUACGGAAGAAAGUGGGAACGUUGUGAAUUUGACUGUACGAUUAUAUGGCCCCAACACAGAGUACGUCAUCAAUCGUGAAAGGGAACUACAGGCUAUACCAUAUCUUUCAGCUGCAGGAUUUGGUGCAAAGUUACUUGGCGUAUUUGGUAAUGGGAUGGUCCAAUCAUUUAUCAAUGCACGGACUCUAACUCCUUCAGACAUGAGGAAACCAAAGGUAGCAGCUGAAAUUGCUAAACAACUUCGUAAAUUUCAUCAGGUGGAGAUACCAGGCUCUAAAGAACCUCAAUUGUGGAAUGACAUCUCUAAAUUCUUUAGAAAAGCGUCUGGAUUGAACUUCGAUGAUGAUGAGAAGAAAAAGAAGUACGAAACGAUUUCAUUUGAAGAAAUCGAUACUGAAGUUUCUGAACUGAAGGAAUUGACUGGGCAUCUUGAGGCUCCUGUAGUUUAUGCUCAUAAUGACUUACUUUCUGGAAAUUUGAUGCUGAAUGAUGAAGAAGAGAAACUCUACUUCAUUGAUUUCGAGUAUGGAUCAUACAGUUACAGAGGUUUUGACAUUGGAAAUCACUUCAAUGAAUAUGCUGGCUAUGACUGUGAUUACAGCUUGUAUCCAAACAAGGGUGAGCAAUAUCAUUUCUUCAGACACUAUUUAGAUCCUGAAAGGCCAGAUGAGGUCUCUGAGCAAGAUAUGGAAGCUCUCUAUGUUGAGACUAAUAUGUAUAUGUUAGCCUCGCACUUAUAUUGGGCAUUAUGGGCUUUAAUCCAGGCAAAGAUGUCUCCUAUAGAUUUUGACUAUCUAGGUUACUUUUUCCUACGGUACAAUGAGUACAAAAAGCAGAAGGAAACAAAUAUCUCAUUGGGGAAAUCGUACUUGUCAAGAUCUCUCAAGGGAUGAAAUGCCC